AUGGAGGAGGCCCGGCACUGGCUCCCGGCGGCGGCGGCGGCGGCGCUGCUGCUGACCGUGUGGGGCGCGGCGGGCGUGGAGGUGCGCAACUGGGGAGGGGACAUCGCCACGAAUUGCGCGGAAUUUGUGACGGUCAGGAGCGCCGACGACAUCGUGGAGGUGGUGAGGGACGGCGAGUCGUACCCGGCGCCCGUGCGGGCCCUGGGGUCCCGGCACUCCAACACGAAGGUGAUCAUGGCGGACGGAGGCACUGUGGUGAACAUGAGGAAGAUGAACGCAAUCCUUGGCCACGACGAGUCCAAAUUGACUGUCACAGUGGAGGCAGGGGCGCUGUACAUAGAUGUGUCGGAGUACUUGCAGAAGCACGGCCUCAUGCAUUACGUGAACACCGAGUUCGGCAGCAUAUCCUCAGGCGCGGCCGCCGUGGCGCACACCAAGGACGCGGCCUUCGUGGGGGAGCACGGGCAGAUCAGCUCGUACGUGGUGGGCGUGAAAAUCGUGACGGCUGACGGCGACAAGAUGACAAUAGACGAGGACAACCACCCGGAGCUGCUGCGCGCAGUGCGCUCCUCCUACGGCCUUCUGGGAAUCGUAUACGAAGUCACCUUCCGCGUCCGGCCCCUGGAGCUCAUCAUGCUGUGGCAUCGCACCUACACCCUGGACGACUUCUUGUCCAAACUGGAUGACAUCCGCUCCUCGGGGACCAGCGUCAUGAUCUACUACUACCCCUACGAGGACAAGAUGACGGUGGAAUUCAGGGCCUAUCACAACAACCCCGCCGUGAACGCCUCGGAGCCCAAUUUCCUCCUGUCGGGCAAACCCCUCUCCUGGUGGGCAUCCCUGCAGUUCAGGGUUCGCAACGGCUUCUGGGGCGGCGUGGGGCCCGUCUUCGGCCGCUUCAUCAACCAAAUGGCCGCCGCGCCCGAGUGGCUGACAAACGGCAUGGCAUCCGCCUUCAGCGCCUUCCUCGGCCUGGCCGGGCCGUUCAUGAGCGGCGGCAUCAACUAUCCCCCCGCCCAGAUGCACCGCUACCCCGACGACACCCCGCAGGGCCAGAAGAUCGCGUUUUCACUCUUUUCCUUCCCCGCUCACACUUUCCCGGACGCCCUGCGCGCCUACUACGCCUUCUGCCAGGACCACCUCAGGAGGACCGGCUGGAGGACCAGCCUGCCGCACGUGGGGUACCGCCUGUACCGCGACCACAGCUCCCUUCUCUCUCACUCCACGGAAGACGAGUCCCUGAGCUUCGACCCCGUAACUGUGCCCGACGAAGGCUGGUAUUCCUUUUUGGAGGAGUACAACGAGUUCUGCGCACAAUGGGGGGGCACGCCGCUGCUGAACCAGACCCCGCACCUUAAGGCCCGGCACGUGCAGGCGCAGGAGGCGUACGGGAAGGCCCUGCCGCAGUUCAGGGAGGUUAGGAGGAGGAUGGACCCUCAGGGGCGGUUCCUGACGCCGCACCUGAGAGACCUGCUGGGGCUGUAG